UCUUCUCUGCAGAAGAGUUACUGUAAAUAUUUUUAUUUUGAAAAUGGUUAAUCAUGUAAACUUUCCUCAGAAUUUAACAGAAGAGGAGCUUAUUUUGAAACAAAAAUAUGCAAUUCUGAAAAAGAAGAAAAAGGCACUGCAGGCAAUAAGAACAGCCAAACCAGAGAGAGAACAACCACAGGCAGCACCUGCUAAAAGACCUGCAGCAGAGUCAGCAGAAGAUGCCAAAGAACAAGCCAAGAAACUUCUCAAGUCAGGGUCAAUAAAAAUAAAAGUGGAUAAUGAAAAACAAAGUUUUAAACGUUCGAAAAACCAAGAGAGAAAAUUAAAGGAUCCUGAAAAGACCCCAACAGCUGUUGGAUUUCAGCCAUUUGCAGCUGCACAUCCAGAUGAAGAAGAUAAAGAGGGAAAUAAGUCCUCCCAGAGACCAAGGAUGAGAGGCCUGUAUGACAGCUUUGUCAGUGGGGGUUAUGAUCGUGACAGAGAGGAGAGAAGGGAGGAAAGAAAUCAGCAGGAAAGACGAGACAGAGAUUACGACUUACCCAAGAAAGGCAACACCAUCUACGUCAACGGACUCGGUAUCACUGAGGAAAUUCUCAGGAAAGCCUUCUCCAACAUAGGAACUAUACUCAACAUCAAUAUGGAGAGAGACAAACACGUUGGGUUUGUGACAUUUGAAAGAAUGGAAUCUGCAGACACAGCUAUAGCUGAGGUGAAUGGUGCCAUGGUGGAGGGAAUCCAGCUAAAGGUGACAAUGGCCAGAAGACAACCUUCUUUUGAUCAGAACACUGACCAGUCCACAAAAUCAUGGUCAUCAAUAGCUGCCAGUAACUCCCAGAAGAGCUCAUACAAAGACAAGAGAGAAGUGGUCAGUUAUGAUGCUGAUGACAUCUUCUGAUCACCUCAGACAUUUCAACUUGACAAACAGAUACUAAUGUGCUGUGAUCACAAAAGAAUAAGAAUUCUGUGUUCACUGAUGAUCAAGUUUAUUCUACCUCCUGUUUGUGAAACAAGAAAAAUAACAAAAAGCAGAUAUUGAAAGAAAUUUGCAGAAACAUUGAAUUCUCAAAAAAUGUAAAGCGUAGCAUAGUAAAACAUCAUUGUACAUUCAGAAGUAUAUUUGAUUAAUUUGUAUGUAUAUUAUACAUACAAGUAACAUAAAUAGCAUUAAUCAAUAUCAAGGGGAAAAAAACCAAUCAUUAUGAAA